UGAAAAUCACAAACACAUUCUCAAAUACACACUUCAAAAACCAAAACAAAAAAAAUUUGAAAGUUAAGAAAAGUUGCUAGGGUUUUGAAGAUAUGAAGUUCACGACAUUUGUGUUCAUUGUGUUCGUGGUAGGUGCCAUGUUAUCUCCAGUUCCAGUCAGAGCAAGAGUGGUGGAAAGUUUUAAAGAAGAAGUAAAUGUAACGUGUGAUGCUAAUGAGCUUAGUUCAUGCUUACUGCCAUUCACCACAGGAGUAUCACCGUCAACAACUUGUUGCACAAAACUAAAGGAGCAACAGCCGUGUUUUUGUACAUAUAUUAAAGAUCCAAAAUAUAGUCAAUAUGUUGGUACUCCAAACGCUAAGAAAACGUUAGCAACUUGUGGUGUUCCUUAUCCUACUACUUGUUGAAGUUUGAGAUAUUGCUAAAAGAAGUUAUUAAUAAUCAUCAGAUAUAUAAUGAGAGAGUUUUCUUA